AGACCGGAAGAGGAUAACUUGAGGCUAAGGUCGCGUCGGCGUCUGUGAGUUUUCGUCUUUUUGAGUUUAAACCUGAGCGUCUCAGUCCACAGUCCUAUACGCCUGGAGUUUUGGGGUUGCUACGGACGUUAACAUUCCUGCACCCGUGCCUCUUACCUUCGGAUUGACAUCUCAGGGCUCACCUUGCCUGAGAAAGAAGCCCUGAAGAGGAAGAAGAGGAAAGGACAAGGAGUCAGGAAUGACUCUUUCUCAGGCACUGUUGACAUUCAGGGAUGUGGCCAUAGAAUUCUCUCAGGAGGAGUGGGAAUGCCUGGACCCUGCUCAGAGGGCCUUGUACAGGGACGUGAUGUUGGAGAACUACAGGAACCUGGUCUCCCUGGAUAUGUCUACCAGAUGUGUGAUCAAAGAAUUAUCACCAAAACAGGACAUUAAUAAUGGAGACUUAUUUCAGACAUUGGCUUUUGAAAGACUUGGCUUCCCU